AGAUAGCCUAAGCUCCAAUCAACGCUAACUCAUCGUCCUCAACCCCUCAAAAUCUUCCGCAAUGGCCGUCAAGACGCCAAUCGUCAAAAAGCGCACCAAGGUCUUCAAGCGCCAUCAAUCCGAUCGUUAUCAUGGUGUGAAGGAGGCAUGGAGGAAGCCCAAGGGUAUUGAUAACAGGGUGCGACGUCGGUUCAAGGGUCAGACUCCCAUGCCGUCGAUUGGUUAUGGCAGCAACCAGAAGACACGUCAUCUUCUUCCUAACGGCCUGAAGAAGUUCCUCGUAAACAAUGUCCGGGAACUCGAGCUCCUACUCAUGCACAACAAGACCUACGCCGCCGAGGUUGCACACGGCGUCAGCAGUCGCAACCGGGCAGUCAUCCUUGAACGCGCUAAGGUAUUGGGUGUGAAGGUCACGAACCCUGCUGCACGCCUGCGGUCUGAGGAACCAGCGACUCAUGCACAUUCUUGGUACACCGGCAAAUCUGAAGUAUUGAAUGAGCAAUUGACUGGUUGGCUCGAUGCCGUGAAGCCAGACGCGAAGGACGACUAUGAGCCUCCGGUCAAGAAAUGCAAGGCCAUCAUCGCACCGCAUGCGGGAUAUUCCUACUCGGGCCCUGCUGCGGCGUGGGCGUAUAAGAGCAUCGACGCGGCCGGAAUUAAGCGCGUGUUUGUCCUCGGACCCUCGCACCACUUCUACCUCGAUGGAUGCGCGCUGUCGCAAUACACGUCGUACGCGACGCCCAUAGGCGAUCUGCCGCUGGAUACCCAGACGAUCGAGGAACUCAGGGCGACAGGCAAGUUCAGCGACAUGGAUUCCGAGACGGACAACGACGAGCACAGCAUCGAGAUGCACCUGCCCUAUGUCCGCAAGGUCUUCGAAGGCCUAGACAUCUCCAUCGUCCCGAUCCUCGUCGGGGCCAUCGACAAGGGGAAGGAAGCCGCGUUUGGCCGCAUCCUCGCGCCCUACCUGGCCAGAGACGACACCUUCUGCGUCAUCUCGAGCGACUUUUGUCACUGGGGCACUCGCUUCUCAUACACGUUCUACUACCCCGAGCGGCCGCCGAGCACGACGGCGCCCGUGCGCCUCUCGCGCACGACGCCGGCGCCCGCGACGCUCGCCAGGUUCCCGAUCCACGCGUCGAUAAGCGCGCUCGACCACGAGGCGAUGGAGCUGCUCACGCUCCCGCCGUCGACGGCCGUGCAGGCGCACCAGUACUUCGCGGAGUACCUCGAGCGCACGAAGAACACCAUCUGCGGGCGGCACCCGAUCGGCGUCCUGUUCGGCGCGCUGGCGGUGCUCGAGCGCGAGGAGGGGCGCGCGCUCGGGCUCCGGUGGGUGAGGUACGAGCAGAGCAGCCAGUGCGUGGAUAUCAAGGACUCGAGCGUGAGCUAUGCGAGCGCGUACGUCACGUUCUGA